AUGCCAGACCAUAGGGAUGAUGAUCCUCGAUUUAUAGAUUAUCAACUUACACAAAAACUAUUGAAAAAUUAUUAUAUUUCUCUACCAAUCAUUGCUUCCUUCCUUCGUGAUUGUCAUUUUCAAGCAUAUAGCAGUAGAAGUAUUGGUGGUAAAAAUACUGUUGACGAGUCAGGAGAGAAUGGUAGCGGUGAUGAUGUGAGAGAUGAUUCUGAUAAUGUUGGUGGUAGUAAUAUUGGUGGUAAUAAUUCUUUUGGUAGUGAUGGUGGUGGGGUUGAAGAUCUUAAUCGACUCAAUAGGGAGAUCUAG